GACAAGUUUUGUACAAAGAAAAAGCUUCUGUCUGAAAACAAGCUGAUUUCAUAGUAGGUGUAAAUGCAUGGUCUUAAGGAAAAGCCUUUCAUAUAAAUACAGAUGACCACGCAGCAUGCUGUUCAGGUGUGGUUUGGAGAUGAUAUUCCUUUAACUCCACGAAGUCCUCUGACUCCCAGACAUGGCCCGGGCUUGGCAGAUGUUUGCCUGUAAGAUCAGUGGAUAUCUGUGCGGCAUGAAGCAACUCUGGUACCUAUGCAGGAAGAUCUAUCAAUCUGGCUAUCUGGAUUGCUGGGGGUAGAAGUUACAGCGGAACGGUUGCUGAAAGAGCUUGAUAACGGCGUACUACUCUGCCAGUUGGUUGGUGUCCUUCAAAGUACAGUUAAAAAAUGCUGUAGCUCAAAGGACUUAAGGAAUUUUCCUAUGACAUGUGUCCCGUGUAAGAAGAAUGCACCAUCAGGAUCCUUCUUUGCUAGAGAUAAUACAGCCAACUUCCUUAACUGGUGUAGGUGCAUUGGAGUUGAUGAGACUUAUCUCUUUGAAUCUGAAGGUUUAGUUUUGCACAAGGAUCCAAGACAGGUGUAUCUCUGUCUACUGGAAAUUGGUCGCAUCGUAUCGAGGUAUGGAGUUGAACCUCCUGUGCUAGUAAAACUGGAGAAUGAAAUUGAGUUAGAAGAGACAUUGUUGAUGACCUCUGGGCCUGUAACAUCUCUCAGCACCCCAAAGUCAUGUUGCCACCAUGGGGAACUGCAUGAAGCAGUUAAGCACAUAGCAGAAGAUCUUCCCUGUAGCUGUUCCCAUAGAUUUUCGAUUGAGUACUUAUCUGAAGGACGGUAUAGAUUGGGAGAUAAAAUACUCUUCAUACGAAUGCUGCAUGGAAAACAUGUGAUGGUACGUGUUGGUGGAGGCUGGGACACUCUUCAAGGUUUUCUUCUCAAAUAUGAUCCAUGUCGAGUGCUGCAAUUUGCAACUCUGGAGCAAAAAAUCCUGGCAUUUCAAAAAGGUGGCCCCAGUGAAGACCCCCCUGAUUCAUCAUCUAGAACACUGCAGCCUCCUCUCAUGAAUCCCAUAUCUGCUAUUAAUAUGUUUCAGAAACAAAAUUCAAAACCACCCACUUCUGUUUCAGUUAAAAAAGCUGCUCAGGUGGCCAGUGGUAAGCAGGCAUUAUCUAAACGUCCACAGUCACCUGCCCGGUCAUCUCCAAAAGGGGCAACCAAGUCCAUAUCAGCUCAUUCCAAAUUACAAGGAUCUCCAGCAAAGGGUGCCCAAUCUCCUUUCAAAUCCUUAACAGGUGCUUCAAAGAAACUGGAUUCUUCUACACGCAACUUACCAACUUCUGCUAUUUCAAAACUUGCACAACCUGCAAACAAAAGUUCUUCACUUGCAUUAUUAAAUACUGCUCCUGAUUGUUCAGGACCACUGCGCAAACGCAUCUGGUCCCCUGAUACUCCUAACAUUAAACUUACACCAUCCCAGAAUUCUCCAGCAACAAUUUUACGUCCUACCCUCUCUUGUUCUACAAGUCAGCUUUCAGAAUUACCUGGGACAAGAGAAAUAAUGGCUUCGAAACAAAAAUAUGCUGCUUCUAAAUGCAAAACUGUAUCUAACUCCACCACCAAACCUAAUUCUAUUGCUUCAAAAUCCUCAUCAAAAUCUGCUAGGCCACCUAACGCAAAUCUGCCUGUUGUUUCAAAGCCUUCACAUUCUUAUCAGUCUCUUGCAAAAAUAGCAAAACCCACUUCCAAAAGUAACAAUGAAGCAUCGGGAAUAGGGUCUCGGCCUCCCAGAAAAGUGCCACAAACAGGAUCUGGCCCAGGGAGGAAUCUCAGAACUACUCCGGUCUUAAAACAGCCAGAUUCUGCAUCUUUGCUUGCAGCUGGUAAAACAUCACAGUUAAUGCCUCCUCUGGAAUCUCCAAGCAAGAGCGUAGCUUCAGCUGCUAAUAAACGGCCUGCAGUAAAGUAUUUACAGGGACAAGAUAGCAGUAGAAACCCACAGAUAGGAUCCAGUUUAUCAAAACAUCCUGAACGCACUCCAUUAUCUGUUGUACGACUUCCCCAAACUUCAGCCAAGGCACAAAUGACAAAAAAGACGGCACAGCCUUCCACAACAAGUUGCUCCUCAAUCAAAACCUCCCAAAAGAGUGAUGAAAUCCUGGCUUCAACAGCCAAGAAACCCCUCUCAAAAGGAAAGACUACAACAGCAUAUGGCAAGGGGACCCCUGAUGUAUUAAAAAAUCCUAUUUUGAAGGCUAAACAAGAUGAUCACUAUUUUGUUAUGACAGGCAGUAAGAAACCCAGAAAGUAAGCAGAAAUAUAGUGCUUUCCAUUUAAAUAACAUUACACUAAUCACAGUGGUAACACUUUUUAUGUCUCCGACAUGUAUGAGACCUAAGUAUAUUUUUUUCUAUAAGGAUUAUUUACUAUAUACUCUGUCCAUACUUUGUAGCUAAAUACUGUUCCACUUUUAUUACAUAUGGUGAAUAGUAAGUAAAGUUACUUUUCAUAACACAGUACGGACAGAGUACACCAGUUUGGUGAUUUAAGGCUGUUUUGGUUUUGGAGAGGAGGACUGUUGCUAUUCUCCUUAAAUGGAUUUUAGCUUAUUCUAGAUAUUUCUUCAAAGCAGGAUCCAGAUGAUGAUUCAGAACACUCUGGUACAUCGGUGUCAAGUACCUGCUGUUGCUAAUUACAUUACUUAUACUGUACAUGUAUAAUUGAUAUCACUAAAAGCCAACUUAUUUGAAAAUAAAGAUAAUCGGAUAAACAUUUUCGUUGCACUAAUUGAGCAAGCUAAUUUAUCAAAUUUUGGAUGGGCAGUUGAUACGGAUAAGAGGAAUUAAGACUCUAGGCCAAGAUUUUCAAAUGGUUGGUGAUUUUUUUUUGCGUGAGAUGCCUUAAAGUGGCCUGAUAUUUCAGAAGGCGCUAAGCAUCCAAACUCUGAAAAUCUGACCGCUUUAAGGUAUCUCAAGUUGGGCACAAGUCACUUUUAAAAAUCUUGGCUUUGGCUCUCAUCUUUUUAGUGCCUUAGCAUUUGAGUGCUUGGUAACACUCUGACACUGAAUGUCAUAGCUGAAUGUCACACUGUUGUUGUUUUAGAUUAUUAUUAUUAUGACAAGAUAUAUUUUUAAAAAAUGAAAGAGGAUGGUGCUGUGGACAGUUUUAUUAAAUUGCCAUUGUUGUUUUUAAAGUGUCUCUUCUCCCUAGGCUAUGUCUUCUUCUGUUUAAAUCUGCUGUAAUAACUCUACACGGUCAUUCCUUUUUGGAGCUAAGUAACCAUUUCCCAGAGUGCUAACAGGGCUACAUUCACCCUCUUCAGAGGGCUGCAUGAGGCUUCUUACAUAACACAUAAGCCCUCAAAAUAGGGCUUAAGAAGUACUAGUAUGGUGCCUCAGCCUGGUGCUAACCUUUGCACAAGGGUGAAAUUCUUCUUGAAUGAAUGAAAACUGUCGUCACUUGCACUAAUUACCAUCUCUGGGUCAGUGUUAUCUGAAGUCAUGAUAUUUUACAAGUUUAAGGAACAGCAAUGCAAGCAUUUAAAAGGAAUCUUCUGCCUUAAGUUUCAUAAAUGGAAUAUGAUUGUGUGACUUACAAACUGAGAGAAUAUUUUUCUCCUAAAGAAUUUAUCUAUGGGCCAAUGAUAAGGCUACAUUAUAGUCUGAAUUUUUUUUCUCAGAACUGGAGUUAAAGAGCUGUUUAUAAACGAAUCAUGUUUUUUUAAUUGGCAGUGGCAACCUCAUAGAUCUGUCAUUAUCAGCCCCUUGUUAAUUUUCUGUUAUUUAUAUACUGUAAAGUACCGAUUAGUCUGCUGAAAGUGGAUAUUGUGUAAACAAGCUACUAGCUAAUCCUUUGGAAUGUUAAAUACACCAACCUUGAUAUCUGAGAGAGCAAGUCUAAAAAGCUUGUUUAGCUACAAAAUUGUCUGUUUUGAAAAAAGUCUGUUGCUAAAUUGCUUUACCUACACAGUAGUGAGUUUGGCCCAGUGUAUUUAUAAAUGGGAAAACUCUAGUAACUGCAGUGGAGUUAAUCUCAUGCUACUAAUGAAUUUGUACUGUUGACUCAUACGCAGAAAAAAUUCUCUUCACAAUAAGAGAACUGCUUAAGAGUAGACUUCCAGAUAUCCUGUAGUUAAGAUUCAGUACAUCCUCUUGGGUAGACUAAUGGCAGAACUCUCGGGUUUCUUCUUUAUGAAGUAUUUGUUUGAAGUUUUUUAAUUGCUAUGAAAUACUCUAAGUACAUACUAAUUCUAUCAUACUUUGAAAUAUGUCAUUAUGGUUUCAAAGAAGGGGAAAUUUGACGAUUUCAUCUUUGACUUGUAAAAUUUAAUGUAUUAAAUGUGAGAGUCCCGAAGUAAAGCUUGGAUAUCAAGCAUAAACUUCUGAGCUGGGAAAGUGUGGCACUGCAGGGGAUAAAAAUGUGCCUUAUAUCUGAAAUCAGUGCAAUAAUCUAUUAAAUGGUUAAGCAACGGACAUUAAGUUCCACUUUUGCAUUUACACAGAUCAACCUGAGCAUUAUGCUAAACUAAAUGUAAUAGUUAUAAAAUAUUGACCUAUGUUCAAUCUUUAACACCAAUUGCAUAACUUGGCUAAGGCUUACAUCCUGUAACUUGGCAUGGAGUGAAUCCAAAAAGGAUAGCUGUAGUCAAAUUUAACAAAACAGUUCUUGUCAUUCUGAAGGCCUCUAACAGGAAAUCCAUAAGUUUUUGCAAUGUUUACACUGGCAAAAGAUAUGUUUAAUCUUCUGCUUGUACCAAAUUUUUGUGAAAGAAGUUGAAGCAAAUCCCUGAAUUCUUGACCCUUUUCUGUACUAACAUCAGUUACUUUAA